CCUCAUAAACUCAUGCACGCAAAUAUAACAAAAGCAUAUAUCUUAGAAUUUUAACCAAUUAAUUUCUAUAUUGCAACUUUCUUAACAUAGAUCAAUCAUCAAUGUUUUUCUCUCUCUCUAAUCAACCAAGAACCACCCUUUUGGUAAGUAUAUAUUUUUGUAUGAUUCUCAAACAACACACACUAUAAAUAAACCAACUUUUCCUCUCAUUCCUUUCAUUCUAUACUACUUGGCAAACUUUGCCAUAUCUUCUCUUUCUUUUCAUCACUUUUCCCAUAUUUCAACCAUUAUUAUUAUCAUCAAUCAAUCUCCAAAACAUUGUAUAACAUCACAAAUACAAACCAAACAAAACAUACAAUGUCUGAAUCUUCAGAUUCAACCCUUCCAUACUCCUAUGCACCUUUAGCCACAAAAAAUGAGUUCAAUGGUUUCGGACCGGGCGAAAACCAGCCUAGGAGAAGGUCCUUAAAGAUUGGGUUAGCAGUGUUUUCGACCCUUAUGAUAUGUGCAUUGUUAAUGAGCAUAUUGGAUUACAACAACAAUGUUAUUGAGAAUAAUGUGUCUAACAAUAAUGCACCCAACAAAUACAAUAAUGUUGUUGGUGAUCUAACUUUAAGGCCACCACCUGAAAAUGUGGCUAGUGUAGAAGUUAUGCCUGGAUCAAAGGAUUUGUUGUUUAAGGUGUCGCGUGGUAAGCCUCAUGGUGUAUCUCAGAAGGCUAAUUCUUUGCCUUUGCGUGGCCUUAAGGUGCCUUUUUUUGAUUGGAAUGAUCUUCAGUUAGCUUGGCAAAGAACUGCUUUUCAUUUUCAGCCUCAGAAGAAUUGGAUGAAUGAUCCAAACGGUCCAUUAUAUUACAAUGGGUGGUACCACUUCUUCUACCAGUACAACCCUGCAGGUGCAGUAUGGGGAAACAUAGUAUGGGGUCAUGCUGUGUCCAAGGACCUCAUAAGGUGGAAGCACCUUCCCAUAGCCAUGGUAGCGGACCGUUGGUAUGAUUUCAAUGGAGUGUGGACUGGCUCAGCCACUAUCCUACCUGAUGGUCAAAUCAUGAUGCUCUACACUGGAUCAACCAACGAAUCGGUCCAAGUCCAAAACCUUGCCUAUCCAGCUAACUUAUCUGACCCACUUCUCCUGGAAUGGGUUAAGUACCCUGGUAACCCGGUCCUUGUCCCUCCUCCAGGAAUCGGCAAAUUGGAUUUCCGCGACCCUACAACUGCUUGGCUAACCUCUGAGGGUAAAUGGAGGAUCACAAUUGGGUCCAAGCUCAACAAAACAGGCAUUUCUCUAGUGUAUGAUACCACUGACUUUAAGAACUAUGAGCUACUGAGCAACAUCCUUCAUGCUGUGCAAGGCACUGGUAUGUGGGAGUGUGUUGACUUCUAUCCAGUCUCUGUUGCUGAGCCUAAUGGACUUGAUACAUCCACUAACGGCCCAUCAGUAAAGCAUGUGCUUAAGGCAAGCAUGGAUGAUGACAGGAACGAUUACUACACGUUGGGAACCUAUAUUGAGGACAAUGUUACAUGGGUGCCUGAUAAUCCUGCCAUUGAUGUUGGUAUUGGACUAAGGUAUGAUUAUGGUAGAUUUUACGCUUCUAAGACAUUUUAUGACCAUGAAAAGAAGAGAAGGAUCUUGUGGGGUUGGAUUACAGAAGGCGAUAGUGAAGCAGCUGAUGUAAAGAAAGGAUGGGCAUCUCUCCAGGGAAUUCCAAGAACUGUGCUGUUUGAUCAAAAGACUAGAACCAACUUAGUUCAAUGGCCAGUAGAAGAAGUAGAAACUCUGAGACAGAACAACAAGGAUUUUGACAAGGUUGAAGUUCCUGCAGGAUCUGUUGUACCCUUGGAUGUCAGUGCAGCCACCGAGAUUGAUAUAAUAGCAGAAUUCGACAUUGAUAAAGAGGCAUUGGAAAAUUUACCAGUUUCGGAAGAGCACUAUAGCUGCCCAGCCAGCAAGGGAGCCGCUCAGAGAGGCGCUCUAGGACCUUUUGGAUUGUUGGUUCUUGCUAACAAUGACCUUGCUGAGCAGACUCCUGUCUACUUCUAUGUCAUCAAAACCCUUAGUGGCAGCUUCAAAACCUUCUUCUGCACUGAUUUAUCAAGGUCAUCUGCAGCCACUGAUGUUUUCAAAAACAUCUAUGGUAGCACAGUUCCAGUUCUCAAAGGAGAAAAAUUAUCCAUGAGAAUUCUGGUGGAUCAUUCAAUAGUAGAAGCCUUUGCACAAGGUGGUAGAACCUGCAUCACAUCCCGAGUUUACCCAACAAAAGCAAUCUACAAAGAAACAAAGCUAUAUGUGUUCAACAACGCAACUACAGCUACUGUAACCGCUUCCAUCAAAACCUGGCAAAUGAGCUCUGCACGAUUACAGGAAAAUAUAGAAGAAACAAAAGAGAGAUAGAAGAAGAAAAAGAGGUAUAGAGUGCAGUCCAUUUGAUGGAAGAGGAUGAGCAAUGGGAGUGGAGUGUAGAGGAGUCAUGACAUGCCAUUUAUUCAUUCAUCCAUCCAUCAUUCAACAAUCAACAUUCAUCCAUCAUUCAACAUUCAUCAUUCAUCAUUCAUUUGUGUCAUGAUAACACAAUGUACACAUUUUUGGGGGAAGAAAAAAAUACUAAUAGAGUUGUUGGGUAGCAAUGUAGCAUGAUGGUAUGAUCCUUAUGCAACCAUGAUGUCUCCAUGAGUGUUAAUGGCUCCCUCCAUUGCUCGAUCCCUUCGAUCAUUAAUUCGUUGUAUUGAUAUCCAUUUGUUCAUUAUGUAUUACAUUGGUAGAGAAUGAACUUCUGAAUUUUGAAGCUCAUUUUCUGAUUUGUUGUGGUAAUAAUGAAAGUUCAUUGUUAUAGCUAAUAUGAUAUCUAUUGCGAGAACUAAUUACUUCAUGUUCAAUAUAGUAGUUCGUUUGAUGA